AUGGAAGUUGACCCCAUGUCUGCAGGUGAUAUCAUCAAGAGCGAGCAUGUAAAUGUUGAAGAGAAGAAGACCAAGGACAGAGGCCUUAGGAACGGUGCACGAGACAGUGCAGCGGCUGGAGGCAAAGCCGUCCGUCUCCAAGUCUACCCAUUCACCAUGGUACAACAGUCAUCACCGCUCCCUCAAAUUCCAAACCCAGUUGCUUUAGCGCGGAUGGCACAAAACCAGCCUCAUGGUUCACCUCCAACUGUGGCUCGAGCAUCUUCAUACCUACCACCGCUUCCUCACUCAAGCCAAUACCGCUUUCUACUCACAGAGCACCUUACUUAUGACAAGUUUUUUGAAGAAGUGGACCGUAUCUUUAAAGGUGAAGUGAAAACUGAAAACAUAAAGGCAUUUUUUAAGAAGGUUAACAACAACCCAGAUGUCCCAGUAGACUGGAGUGAACUGUUUGGAUAUUACCAAUCAGAAGAAAGGGGUAUUUACAAGGGGUUGCCUGUGUUUAUGGUUUCGAAACGACAACGAGUUGUACAGUCAGAUGAAGAUAGAACGAUACGUGAUGUUAUUCAAUGUAUUAUUAACUUGCCACAACUUGAUCAGAAUAUAAUCGCUUCUCAAAAAGGAAGGAUUUUACUCUAUAAUAACAAAGAAAAUGCGCAGGUGACGGGCUGCGAUUAUCUUUAUCAGCUGAAACGAAUUGUUGCUACAACUGAAACAAGCAUUGUUAUUUGGGACCAUAAGCCAAAGAGCAAAAGCCAGGCAAAUUAUUUUACUCUUAGGCCAGUGCAAAACAUUCCACUCUGUGUCUGCACUUUGGCUGGCACUGAAAAUCUACAUGAAGAUGGCAUUCUGAUUGGUGAUGAUGGUGGAUAUGUGAGCCUGAUCAUCUUGGGAAGUGACGACUUCAAUCCCAAAAAAUCCAAAGAGACUGAUGGUACACAAUCCCAGAUCUUGGAUCCACGCUUCCUUCGUCGCCCUAUUAUGCGCCGGAAGCUGCAUAGUGAAUGGGUUUUGAAGGUGAAGUUUUUCACACAUUUGAAUUGCUUUGCAUCCUGUUCCUCAGACAGCAUUCACUCCCUGGUCUUGGAUCACAUACAACGAAUCGAAGAUUGUCAGGCUAUCCGAACACUUGCAGUUCCACGAGGUAUCAAUACAUUUGCUUAUUGUGUGAAAGCAAAUUCCCUUGCCACUGGGGGCUGUGAUAAAAUUAUUCGGCUUUGGAAUCCUAACAUAUUCAGCAAACCAAAGGCAAUGCUACUUGGCCACCAGUGCAUCAUUACAGAGAUAGCAGUCAACGAAAUUGAUCAACAUAUCAUCAGCCUUUCAACUGAAGGGAUGUUCAGGAUCUGGGAUAUCCAGACGCUUGCUGUGCUGCAGGUCUUCAUCAGUAAUGAACCUCAGGUGGGAGACAAGCGCAUCAACACAAUCGUUUUUGACAGAAAACACAAGAGAUUAAUCAUUGGUUCCUGUGUGAUAGACGUUUUGCCCCUCAUGAGUGCUGUCCAGGACACUAUGCAGAUUCCUCUAUCCCAUGAAAAAUCCAUUCUUGUUGUGACCUACAACAAAGUUAAGAACCAAGUAGUUUCCAUUUGUAGUACACCUAUAAUUAAGAUGUGGCAAGUAGAAACUGGGGAAAAAAUGUAUCAAAUUGUACAAUCCCAUGGACCAGAUGUGGAGUUAACGGCUGCUGCACUAGAUAAAAGUGGAAGCCAUCUUAUAACAGGAGCAUUUGAUGGCUCAUUGAAGCUUUGGGAAUUUGCAACUGGAGAGGAAAUUAAAAGCUUGCCUCCGGCAGCUGAAAGCAGCGAGGAAGAUCGCAGCAUUUGCCAACUGACCUUUCUAAGGCAGCAGAAUCCACGUUUGAUACUCGCUCUGACUUGGAAUAACACAAUCCAAAUAAUUCAGGAUACGACAGAUGUUUCUGAUCUAACCAUAAUAUCCGUAAUUCCAGACAUAGUAAGUUCCAUACAGAAGUCCAGCGGUUUACCUUUCGAAAACAGAAAUUUAUUUCUACAGUCAGAACCUGAGAAAGAGGAAUGUCUUGUUAAUGCACUGUUGAGCUGCUUUGAUACAAUGCAAUUCAAGAAUGAAGAGCUGUUAGCAUUUGGAUGGCUGAGCUUAAUUGUCCUUUGGGAUAUUAAUUCUACUUCCAUCAAAAAAAUAAUGAAAGAAGAUCGAAUUUCAACUGAAGAUGAUAACACUGCAAUGCAAAAGUUCAUCCAGAAUAUGGAUUUAUUAAAGGUCCGAGUGGUCAAGUUUCUAGUCCACAGAAAUAUAAAGCUAGAAGCAGAAAAUGCUAAGAAAUCAAGUCAACAUUCAUUGCAGCCUCCACUAAUAUUAAUUAAACACAGCAAAUCAAGAAUCAGCCUAAAGGCAAAGGGAAAGCAACUGGAGAAAGUCCUACCCACCAUUCAGUUUUCUCAUCCUAUCACUGCUCUCUGCACGGAUGAGAAUGCUAAUGUUCUUUUAGCUGGCAAUCAGAGAGGAUACAUAUCAGCCUGGAAUAUUGAAUCAUUUCUAGAUGAUCCAUAUCUGCUGAAUAGGGAGUCUGUGAACCGGGUAAUCAGUUGGAGAGCCCAUUCUCUGAAAAUAGUCAGCAUGUUCUAUGUGGACAGCAAAUCUGUGGUUGUUUCUGCUUCUCUGGACUGUUCUCUCAGGCUUUGGUAUGCACCAAAAGGACAUUACAUUGGGUACUUUGGCCAGCACAGUGCUUUGAAUUUAAUGCCCCCCACCGAUUUCAUGUUGCCCAGUGACAUAGCUGAAGGUCCAGUGGAAACCAAGUCAAAGAAAUUUGACAAGAGUGAUAGUGUGUUGGACUAUCCUUUAAAGUUGGAUUGGGAAAGAUGGAAACCAUUUGAUCGGGAAGCCUAUCUGCUGAAGCAGCAACGAAAAGUCCUUGAUGUGGAUCACGAUAAGAAAUUCUUCAAUUCAGUGACGAUACCUAGGCUCAAAUCUACACCAGUGCAAAAUUCUAUAUCGGGUAAACGAGCAAUGGGUGCUGUGUUUCGUGCUCUACCUGUGUACAAUAUCGUUCCUCUGUUCAAAAUAACAGGUCAGCUGGAUGAACUUUCUAAAGCGAGAAUUAAUAGUCCAGACUCUAUAAGGAAGUUUUUUGUGGGAAGACGUAGAGGAUCUGUACACCAAGUUGCCAAGGUUGCAAAGCGUUCUUUACAAACUGCUGUGACGUGCAAAGUUUUCAAAACCACUACACUGCCAUCUGUUUUUUUGGGAAAAGACAAGCCUUGA